AGUUUUGGUGUAUGUGUGAGUGGGAGAUGGACCGAGGGCGCUCUACUGACUAGCAGAGGCGAAGAGCGACUCCAAUAGAACUGUUAAAAUUAUAUACGCGAUCGGGUCGUCGAUAGGCCACUCCAAAAUCAAAAUAAGUCGCCAAUCUUUCACAUCUACUUCACACACACUAACACGGCAUUGAUGGUAAUGUAUGCAAGGAAACAACCAAGACUCGGCGAUGGGUGCACCGACCGAAGGGAUUCUCAGCCCUACCAGACUCUUAAGUACUCAUCCAAGAGUCACCCCGAUCACAGACAUGAGAAGAUGCGUGACAACAACGACGCCACUCCACCAUGCAAGAUGUUGCGGCGGUCAGACAGUCCAGAAAAUAAACACAUGGAUAACACCGGCCAUGGCAGAGCAAAAGCCAUCCAUCCACACCGGGGGAGAGACCGAGAAGGAGGGACUAGUAUUUCCCCUCAAGAGAACUCCCAUAACCACAGCUCUCUGCACAGCUCCAACUCUCAUUCAAAUCCCAACAAAUCAUCAGACACGCCGUAUGAGCCAGCAGAUGAUUGGUCUGAACACAUCAGUUCUUCAGGGAAGAAGUACUACUACAACUGCAGGACAGAGGUGUCUCAGUGGGAGAAACCCAAAGAGUGGCUGGAGAGAGAGCACAGGCAGAAGGAGGCAACCAAGACGGCUGCAGUGGUCAACAGUUUCCCUAAAGACAGGGACUACAGGCGUGAAGCCAUGCAGGCUACUCCCGCCAGCUUCUCCAGCUCUAAGUCUUUGAAUGCCACAGAGAAGCCUUCCUCACUCACACCCUCCUCUUCCUCUGCUGCUGUGUCUGGCUUAAGCAUGGCCAACUCAGCCAGCGGCUCCUCUGGCUCCACAGUCCCGGUUUCUCCGGUGAUGCAGUCGCCGGCCCCGCCCACUCUUCUCCAAGACCCCUCCCUCUUACGCCAGCUCCUCCCCGCUCUGCAAACGGCCCUUCAGUUGAACAACGCCAGUGUAGACAUGGCCAAGAUUAAUGAAGUUCUUACGGCUGCAGUAACUCAGGCUUCGCUACAGUCCAUGCUCCAUAAGAUCUUGACUGCUGGUCCGUCUGCCUUCAACAUCACAACUCUGCUCUCCCAGGCUACUCAGCUGUCCAGCCAAGCCCAGCAGUCCAGCCAGUCUCCGAUGUCUCUGACAUCAGACGCUUCCUCUCCUCGGUCGUACGUGUCUCCCAGAAUCAGCACGCCACAGACCAACUCAGCCUCCCUCAAACCGCCCCUCAGCACCACGCCGGUCUCCUCACAGACCAAGAUGAACAUUAUGACAAAUAAGUCCAGUUCUCUCCCUCCACCGUCGUCCCAGCAGUCCCUCCCCACAGACAAACAUCACGACAACGGCAAUUCUCCACGGACGCUGCAGAGACAGAGCAGUCAGAGAAGUCCAUCUCCGGCUUCGAACCACAUGGGCAGUAACAGCAGCAGUAAUAAUGGCGGCAGCGGUGGAGGUCAAGGACCAGGUGUAGUCAGCGGAGCGAUGCCCCCGGGUUCAGUACCUGCCGGCGCAGCCUCAGGCAGAGCAACAUGUACCUUCACAUCCACGCUGGCCGCGCACUUCAAUGAGAACCUCAUCAAACACGUGCAGGGGUGGCCCGCGGAGCAUGUGGAGAAACAGGCCUCGCGGUUACGUGAAGAGGCUCACACCAUGGGCAGCAUCUACAUGUCAGAGAACUGCACAGAGCUGAAGAACCUGCGCUCACUGGUGCGAGUGUGCGAGAUCCAGGCCACAUUGCGCGAGCAGAGGAUACUGUUUUUGAGACAACAAAUUAAAGAACUUGAAAAGCUGAAGAAUCAAAAUUCCUUUAUGGUUUGAGGAACUCUGGGCUUGCGAUGUGGUCUUGAAACAGGAGGAGAGAAGGGGGGUAGGUGAAUGGGCGGGCAAAACCCAUUUCAUGCGCGCGGAACCCUGGAGAACCAAAGUUCUGUUGCGUUCUGCUCUGGGCCCAGUCUUACAUUAAACAAACUGCAGCGAGGUCUUGCUUGGACUGAGAGAGGGGAGGGGAGAGGGGUGCGGAGAGGUUUUCAGAGGAGCUGCCCUCGCCCCGUCCCUGUACAUGUAGAUGAUUUGUAGAUGUUAUUUCCAUGCUGUAAAUAUAUUUUGUAGAUGAAGCCAUGGGAAGCCAUGCCUAUCAAAGCUUUUGACAUCCAAACGUUAAACUAAUCAGCACCGAGGCAGACUGGGAUCUCAAGUGCCCUCAUUGUCACCAUAUGUAGAACUCUUGACUGCAGAUUUUUAAAUGACAUGAUUAAAACAAAACAAAAAAGAAAGCAAAAAAAUCUUCAGUUAUAC